CUGCACGUGUGUUGUAUUGUAAAGGAUUUUGUGGGGACGUACGCGUAUAGAAAUAAGCUAACUAUAUCUCACGCAGGAUAACCAUCGUUCUUUUCCCCUCUACUUUAUAUCCGUAUAGAGUAAAAAGCCGGCAAAAUGGUUGCCUCCGCCAAGCAUGUCCCCAUUGUUCACAAGAGAACUAAGAAGUUUAAACGCCAUCAGUCUGAUCGCUUCAAACGUGUAGACGAGUCAUGGAGAAAGCCCCGUGGUAUCGAUUCCCGUGUGCGUCGCCGUGCUAAGGGUACCGUCCGUAUGGUAUCCAUUGGUUAUGGAACAAACAAGAAGACCAGACACAUGCUUCGCGACGGAUUCAAGAAGUUCUUGGUUUCCAACGUAAGCGAUUUGGAGCUUCUUAUGAUGCACAACAAGCGCUACUGUGGAGAGAUUGCGCACAACGUGUCAUCUCGCAAGCGUAAGUCAAUUCUUGAGCGUGCUGGCGAGCUUGAUAUUAAGCUAACCAACGGAGCUGCCAAGAUCAGAACCGAGGAUAACGAGUAAAUAUCUACUGUUUCUAAUCAGUAUAUAAAUAAAUAGUCGUUUUUUGUCGCGUUCUGUGAUAUAAAUGCAAAUAAGGCCAAGAGUGGUGGUAUCUGAACUUAUAUAUUGGUCGUCUCGCAUAAGAAAGAAUGAGUCUGUAUCACGUUAGUGCAUGUCUAACGUACGUAUAAUAGCCUACAACUGCACGCGUGCGAAUGCUGUCAUCUGCGAGACUAGCGGCAUCUCCUGGGUAUGACUGAAAUGUGCAUGCGCAGUAUUGAUAUGAUUAAUUUAUAAUGAGAGUACAUGCUUUGUUGUUUUCGGUACUGUGGAUGUUUUUAUUUUUCGGAAGCUUGUUCUUUGUGCAGUCGCUAAAUACCUGUAGUUUUAAGUUGUAUGUGUUGAUACGCGUUUAUAAUGGCAUAAUUAUACUUGAAAUAUAUAUUUGUUUUUAUGAGUGUAUCUUACGGCUUGCGAAUACAUUUGUUUUAUCCCAUAAUUCGACUACUGCGUUUUGUAUCUGCAUAGAGACCUCUGUUGUAUACUUUAUCAAAAGAAUGUAUGUAUCGAGCUAACCCGGAAGCAUAAUGGGGAUCUAUAUCACCGCAUAAGCCCUGCCUACUGCAUAUGUAGUGUGUGUGGCCGUAUCUUGGUAAUUAUCGGUACUGUUUAUAUGUAUGACAGCAACAAGUUACUUUUGGGAUAGCACUCCAAGCUACUAUUGGCAGUAAGAUAUGUUUACAGGCUGCUCUUGACACGCCAAAAUGUGUUAUCUCGUUAACAAGAUGGUGGUCGACUCGUCGCUGCAAUGUAUACUUUGGCGAUAUUUCAUCGGGGAUGUACAAUUUCGUGGUAUAUAAGUCAGGCAGUCAUUGCUGCCGAGUUGAUAAGUUCGGAUACGGAUCCCUCUGAGGAUACUGAAUUGGGACGAGUUAUCUCAGGCACUAUAUAGA